AUGGCUCCCAUACGGCGAUACCUGCGCAUCAGCAAAUACUCGGUCUUGGAGUGUCGAAUCUACCUGGACUCUCCAUCGGACUCACGAUGGCUUUUGAACUCUCGUGAUCCUGUCCUUCCGCGCGUCUUUGAGGCUAUUCGACCCUUGGUCCUGCCCAAGCUGCGCGAAGAGAAUGAGCGACUUUUUAUGCGCAAGAAGGGCAAACCAGUCAAGGAUGUCAUUGCAGAAGAUGAGUUCGAAGUAGCCAUUUUCCUCCGCGAAUCGCGCACUCGUCAUUCCAUCCUCACGCGUAAUAAGACAUUCCAUGGGAAUGACCCAACGAAAGUGAAACCAGAAGAUGGCGAGGGGAUUAUCAACCCAGGCUCGACAGAGGAUGAAAUUAUGAUUGAAAGCGAUAGCGAGGGCGAUGGAUUACACGAUAUUCCCGGAGCGGAUGAAGUAGAGGAGAAUGCGCCAGAGAGAAAGACUCGCAAAAAGGCAGGGAGGCAAACUGAGGAUGUGAGCGAGGAGAAGAAGCUUCGCUUCAACACCAACUAUGAAAGCUUCAAUAUUUGCGGAUGGGUGUUGUGUCUGUUAAUCACCCGCAAAGGCGACAAGACCAAGCCGAGUGCUGAACCCAAGCAACCUUUGAUGGAAGAAUGGAUCUCAACCCAAGCCCAGGCAUCUAUCGAUGAAGAUUGA